CGCGGUGCAACACACCUCCGUCGCGCCGCGGCUCGCCGCAGAGUUUCAUCGGCCGUCAUCGUGUCGUGCGCCGGCAACCGGAAAUGGCCUACGCGGCCGACCUCCCGGCGGUGCCGGCGUGGCUGAACAAGGGCGACAACGCGUGGCAGCUGACGGCGGCGACGUUCGUGGGCAUCCAGUCCAUGCCGGGGCUGGUCGUGCUCUACGGCAGCAUCGUCAAGAAGAAGUGGGCCGUCAACUCCGCCUUCAUGGCGCUGUACGCGUACGCGUCCACGCUCAUCGUCUGGGUGCUCGUCGGCUUCCGCAUGGCGUUCGGCGACCGCCUGCUCCCGUUCUGGGGGAAGGCCGGCCCGGCGCUGGCGGAGGGCUUCCUCGUCGCGCGCGCGUCGUUCCCGGCCACGGCGCGCCGCGGCGCGGGCGGGGCGCUCGCGGCGCCGCGCACGGAGCCCUACUACCCGGAGGCGACGCUGGUGCUGUUCGAGUUCGAGAUGGCCGCCAUCACGCUGGUGCUGCUCGCCGGGUCGCUCCUCGGGCGCAUGAACAUCCGGGCGUGGAUGGCCUUCACCCCGCUGUGGCUGCUCCUCUCCUACACCAUCUGCGCCUUCAGCCUCUGGGGCGGCGGCUUCCUCUACCACUGGGGCGUCAUCGACUACUCCGGCGGAUACGUCGUCCACCUCUCCUCCGGCGUCGCCGGCUUCACCGCCGCCUACUGGGUGGGCCCGAGGCUGAAGAGCGACAGGGAGAGGUUCGCGCCGAACAACAUCCUGCUCAUGAUCGCCGGCGGCGGGCUGCUGUGGCUGGGAUGGGCCGGGUUCAACGGCGGCGCGCCCUACGCCCCCAACAUCACGGCGUCCGUGGCCGUGCUCAACACCAAUGUCAGCGCCGCGACGAGCCUCCUCACCUGGACCUGCCUCGACGUCAUCUUCUUCGGCAAGCCCUCGGUGAUCGGCGCCGUGCAGGGCAUGAUGACCGGGCUUGUCUGCGUCACCGCCGGUGCAGGGCUGGUACACACAUGGGCGGCCAUACUGAUGGGCGUCUGCGCCGGCAGCGUGCCGUGGGUCACCAUGAUGAUCCUCCACAAGAGGUCCGCCCUGCUCCAGAAGGUGGACGACACGCUCGCCGUGUUCCACACGCACGCCGUCGCGGGGCUCCUCGGCGGCGUCCUCACGGGCCUCCUCGCCACACCGGACCUCAUGGCCCUCCACUCGCACGUCCCGGGCGCGCGCGGCGCCUUCUACGGCGGCGGCGUCGCGCAGGUGGGCAAGCAGCUAGGCGGCGCGCUCUUCGUCGUCGCCUGGAACGUCGUGGUCACCACGGGCAUCAUCCUGGGCGUCGGCCUCGUCGUCCCGCUGCGCAUGCCCGACGAGCAGCUCAGGAUCGGCGACGACGCCGCGCACGGGGAGGAGGCCUACGCGCUCUGGGGCGACGGCGAGAGGUUCGACGUGACACGCAAUGAGGCGGCAAGAAUCGGCGGUUGGAGCAACGGCGUCCUGGAGGAAACGGUCGACCACCGGCUGGCCGGCAUGGGAGCCAGAGGCGUCACCAUACAGCUGUAGUAGAUUAGCAGAACGGGUGAGUUUAACUGCUUUGCUGAACUGGAUGCGACCAUUUUGUCGCAAGAACUCAAAUUUGAAGGAUAACAAAAUGUAAC